UGGCGAUUGGUUGCACUCGGAUCUAUGGUGGUCGUGCUGGAGCGCUACGCCGACGCGCUGCGCUCGCUUCGCGCCUCGCUUGGCCCGAGCUGCGCGUAUGCGUUGCCAGCGACCGACCCGCAGCUUGUCGUGCAGGGCGUUCCGCUCUCGUUGCCGCUCCAAGACGCCGCUGCCUUUCUCUCGACCACGUCCUGGCCGCGCCUGGCGCUAAUAGCAUCAGCGGACCUUGUCAUCUCCAACGCCGAAUGGCACCAGAAGCUCCAAGCCGAUGUAAGCUCCGUUGUUACGAAGCGCCUCGCUCUCCACGAGCCGUUCCACAUGGUCCUCUCGCACUUGGCGCUGGAUGCGACGGGGUACGACGAUGCGUUUGUGGUCGCGGCGCCGCCUCCUGGCGCGUUUGCCACCUUGCUAGUGCCGCUUGCAAGUGUUUAUAAUGGCGGCGACCUCUCGCUACUGACGGAAUACGGCGCGUCACCCGCCACGGCACUGCCAUCCGGCGCGUGGGUCGCGUUUGACGCCUCCCGCUACGUGAACGCCGCGACCAUCUGCAGCGGUGUGCGCGCCACGCUGGUCUUCUCGCUCGUGUACACGUCGCCUUCGUCGCCAAGUCGGUUGACGAGCGCAGUCGCUGCGCUCGGUGCGCUGGCACAAAUACCAUUCCAGUACCACGCUCGCAUUGGCAUCCCGCUCUCACGAGCCUAUCGCUUUGGUCACGUCUUUGCGCGUGCGCCGCUUGACGUCGCCAGCCUCCGCGGCGUCGACGCGGCCAUCGUCGAUGCGCUUGCAACCUCGGGCGCCUUUGACGUGGCUCUCGUGUCGGUCACGCCGCACGGUGCCCGGUGUGCUAUGGGCAUGGAGAGCUGGUACGUGGACGAGGCGGUGUUUCCAUCCCAUACGACGAUGCCGACGCACAUGCAAGGCGACGUGCUGUGGGCCACCGUGGACGGCUGGAUCCAUACGGCGUUUGCACAUGGCACGUUUGCGCUCGUGUUUUGGCCCAAGACGCACCGACUGCGCUUCUAUCGGCACCAAGUCGCGCUCUUUGACUUGGGCUGUGCGAUCGCGGGCGAGCCAAGCGACAUGAAAGGGUACGAUGACGCGACGGCGAUGGCCCACGCAGUCCUCGAGAUGGUCAGCGCCGAGGCGGACGUCGGCCACGUAAUCACGUGCCGCGUCUGCAGCGCUGAAAACGACGCCCAUACACCGUACAUGACGCGACUCCUCCGCCUCUUGCUGCAGCUCAACGCCAAGGACUUGGUGCUAACUUUUCUACGCCGCGCCGCGCAAUGCGAAGUGCACGCGCGGAUGACACCGGUGACGAUGGGACCGCUGCUGUAUCAGUGCGGCGAACGGUUCGGGUGGACCACGCUGGCAUUGGCGUUGCAGGAGUUUUGCAGGCGACUUGCGUGGUCGGACAUUCCAUACAUUUGGCUCGCCAGUCUUCUCGGGCGCAGCGACGACCCGGUCUGUCCCGUGCUCUCGGACCCAUGCGCCAGCGACUUCGUCUUGCAGUGUUUUGUGGCGCUCGUCGACGUGGCCUACCCCCACGGCAACGACACCCACCGUGACGCAGACAGAAACGUGACGCUACUCCAGCACGCACUGCUCUUGCAAUCGCAGCUGACUUCGCUCGACGUCGCCGAGCGCCACAGUCUGGCACAAAAGCUGCCAGCCUCGUUGGUAGUCUACGUCCACUCGUUUCUUCUGCCGCGAGACCUUGUGGCGUUUGUGCAGAGGGGACGCAUGCCCAGUGCGUCCGUGCUCGCCCCUGCACUCGCCUUUGCCCGCCAAAGCGACCCGCGCGUACCUCUCGCGCCAUACACCAAGCUGCUGCUUGACAAGACGCGCUGCAGUGGACGCCCCGCCUCACUUCGAUCCAUGACGGGCCGCUUGCUUCUGAUUGUCACCGACUGUCCGGAGCGUCUUUGUGAUAUUGUGGACGAUGCUGCGCUGUGGCUCGCGUCUGGUGACGUGAUCAUUGCCGCCAUCUGCGCGGUGGCGGAGGUGGCAACACCCGACAUAUGGUGCCGCGAUGUCCGCGCCGCGCUCACCGCCAUGGUCCUGCGGGCACCCAGCGUGCUCUUGGACAUGGCCCGCUACUCGUUUCCGCCAACAGCAUCCGUCGCGUCGACGGGCGACGACGGCGACAAUGGCAGCAACGGCCGGCGCGUGGCAUUUGCUUGCAAUGCAUUGGAGUUUGCACUCAAGUGGGCACCGCACGAGAGCUUGUCACUGGCCAAAGCUAUCGUGUCUGGCCUCCUCGCACGCCCCAAGAGCGUGCAACAAAAGCUGCUGGCGCCGCUGCUCGCAAGGCUCUCGAAACUCGAUGUGCUCGAUGAUGCUAUGCGCCAGCUGGUGGUGGCCUCGGCCCUGGCCAUGCUUGGGCUGCCCAAGGCGCCGUUGCUCUCCGGCUCUGACCACCUCACCGCGCUCCGAGUGGCGCUAACGAUAGCAUGCCUCUGUGCCAAGUGCAGCACGCGCCCAAGCGACGAACUGUGCCCUGCGGUGCGACCCCGAACCAUCGAGCUGCUCGGUGUCGUCGGCGCGAUUCCCUCCACCACGCUGCAGCCCACCGGCAACGAAGACGACGAAGACUAUCAAAUCGAGACGUGGAAACGCCUCGUGCCCGACGAAGACUUGCUCACAAUGCUCUGCGAAGUGCUGACACCCGCCAAUGCCCGACUGCGGAAACGCCGCCGCGGAGCCGAGGACGACCCCACGAGUCCAUCGACAAGCACAAAGUUGUGCAUUCAGUAGAGUGAACAUACGUGUACUACUAACUAAUGCUACGAGUACCGACGCGUCCGCAAGGGAUCCAUCACGACAUACUCAGCUCGUGCAACGGAUUCGUGCUUGG